UAGACCGGAUGUGUUUACGUGGAAGUUUCCGCUUGACGCAGGCCGCUCAGCUGUUAGCGCAGUCGCACACCAUGCUGCAGGAACCCGGGUCUACCCGGACUAACCGGGACUAACUGUGACUAAUCGGGACUAAACAAGACUAACGGACGGCCGGGGUCGCUCAGUUGGGGCGGGAAAAUGGAUACGUUUAGCAAGUUCACGAGCAUGCUGCUGCAGGCGCUGGAGACGAGGGAGCCCACAGUGGAGCUGUUUGACUCGUUUGUUGAUCACUGGAAAUCAAUAACCAGUUAUUAUAUUGAGACAACAGAUGACAGCCGUCCUGUUAGGCAGACGGACAUCCCCUGGCAUCUCAAACAGAUGCUGGACAUCCUGGUGUACGAAGAGAAGCAGCAGGCUGUGGAGGACACAGGAGCCUGUAUGGAAUACCUGCUGCAACAUAAGCUUCUGGAGACUCUUUGCACAUUGGGAAAGGCCCAGUAUCCUCCAGGGAUGUCCCAGCAGGUGCUGCUCUUCUUCUCAAACCUCCUGUCUCAGGUUCAGAAGCCUCUGCUGCAGCUGGUCAACGUCUAUAGACCCGUGCAGAAGCUGAUUGGCCUCUGUGCACUUCCUGGUUCCCACACUGAGAAGGAGGAAGCUCAGUUCCUACUGGUUGUCUGCUCCAGAGUGAAGCAGCAUCCGCACAUGCUCAGAUACAUCUUACAGCUUCCAGACCAACCAGUAGGUGACACACCAAGCUCUGACCAAUCAGAGAACACCAUGCAGGCGUCCAGUCACAGGACAGAUCCUCCGCAGCCCUGCAGCCAGUCAGAGUCAGCUGCCUGCAGCUCUGUCCAAUCAGAAAGCAGUCUGCUGAGGGUGCUGCUGCAUCUCACUAAGAGUCAGAGGAGCUCGGUGUGUCUGAAGGCCCACGAGAGCCUCCUGCUGCUUUCUGGGCUGCAGUCCGGAUCUUCAGGGGAACUUCUGAGCGCUCACACCCAACUGGGAGAGCUGCUGGCUGGGAGGUUGCGGGAGCUCUACACCCUGCUGCCUCUGGAGGCUGUGGACGCUGCAGAGCUGCAGAGCUGGCCGCACACACCGUGGAGCUCUCAGUUCUCUCGCUGCGCUGAUCCCAGCUCACAGUCUGUGGAUCACAUGACCAACUUCUUCUGCUGGUUUGACUUCCUGGAUCACCUGAUGAGAGAGGCGCCACAGGUGUUGUCAGUGAAGUUGGCUCGCUGUGUUCAUCAGCUCUGGUUGGUGGAGCUUCUUCAGCCUCAGCUGCUGGACACGUGUGAGCGGGUGGUUCUGGUCUCCACCUCAGUCCUCUGUGCCUCCGUCAGACUCGUCCGCUCCUCGUCUCUGCUGGAUCAGCUCGUCUGCUUCCUGCUGCGGAGCGACGCCUUUGCUCAGCUGCUGCUACAGCACUGCGACCACAUCUCUGACCAGAUCAGCAUGGCGUCGCUCUCUCUAGUUGAGGAGCUCCUACAGAAGCCUCACAGGGACAUUUUGGACGUGCUGGUGUUGAGUUUCCUGCAGACUCGGAGUUACCUGAGUCCACCUGCUGCAGGACAGGAAGAGCGGCAGGUGGAGAGUGGCGAGGACAGCGAAGACCUGGAGGAUGACCCCUUCUUCUCCGACAGCCUGUCGUUCUCAGACAGCCCCCACCCCCCUCCUCCCCCUCCACCCGGACCGCAGUCAGCUGCUGACGUCGUCAACAGUUUUCUGUGUUUGGUUCCCGUUCAGGUGCGAUCAUCUCAGCUGCUGCAAGAAGGAGGAUACGAGUCGUACGUCCACGACGCUCACACACUGGUGACUGAGUGUCAGGCUCUCUCUUUGUCUUGGGACUGGCCACUCACCCUGCCUCCCCCCGCCCCUCCAUCAGGUAAGGACUCCGUCUCCUUCUUCGAAGGUCACCUGCUGAAAGUUCUCUUCGACCGUCUCGGACGCAUCCUGGAGCAGCCGUACGAGUUGAACCUGCAGCUGACGGCUGUUCUCUCCAGACUGUCGGCCUUUAGCCACCCUCUGCUGCACGAGUACCUGCUCAACCCCUACAUACACCUGUCUCACUCCUCCAGAUCACUCUUCUCCGUCCUCAUCAGGGUGAUGGGGGAGCUGAUGCAGAGGAUCCAGCAGGUUUCUAACCUGACCGACAGACUGCUGAACACUAGGAGAAACCUGCUGGGACUGGACCACGACGCCAGACUGGAACACCUGACCCUGCUCAAAGGAGUCAUCAUCCUCGAGGAGUUCUGCAAGGAACUUGCCGCCAUCGCCUUCGUCAAGUUGCCUUUGGACCAGGACUGACUGACUCACCUGGAUAACCUGGGUCUUGUACUUUGAAGUACAGAUUAAAAACUAAACAUGGGUCACAUGCUACAAGUACAUCUGAUUUCAGCAUCUCCAUCCUGAGUAGACAGCAACAGACACACCUGAGACAGGUGCACCUGGACGAACGAAGCAGACUCAGAACCUUCCAGUGGUUCUUUAAGGAUUCUUUUAUAGCAAGAAACUGACUGAAGCCUUGGUGUUGUUUCUGAAUGCCUCGCCAUCACUCUGCAGGUGAACAGCGUCUGAUUGGUCGGCACAUUUAUUUAUGUUUUUAGUGUUUAACCAACUUCAAAUAGGAAGCAGCAGCACGACCCCUCUAAACGUGUCACUUGCCUUGUAAAACCUGCUGCGGUCAGUUCUCAUUGGACAGCCGUACAGCGUAUGCAGCAUGAUGUCAGAACAUCACAACUAAAGUCUUAUGAGGUCAGAGUUCAGUGAGUUUGAGUAAACACAGACUGUCCAAUCAAAAUAAGCAACACCUGUCAUGUGAUAUGAUGUCAUUGGCUGUGUGGUAGCUGGUCCUCCAACCAGCAGCUGACGAUGUUUGAUAACAAAGCGUUGAGUCAGGGCUAAAGUGGACUGUCACCUUCAGUUAUUGAGACAUUAAAUCUAAUUGACUGUAGUCACAGUGACAUCACUCAUUGGUUAGCACAGUCCUGUUGGAGCAAGGAGGCGGGGUCUGACUGAGAAACCCUCGCCGUAGCCCUGAAUGCUGCACGUCAGUCACUCCGCAGCCAUCUUAGUAUCAUGGCUUUGUUUUUGGUGACCUCAUCAGAACGCCUUUACUCGUGAUGUGUUCAGGGGGAGUCUUUUUUUUUUUUUAUUUAAACACAAUGCAUCAGGAAAACAAAUUGUGAACAUUUAAAGGCUGAAAAAUCACUUUGUGAAGUAAAAACUCACAAAAAUGUAAAUACUUCCACAGAUUUUUAAUGGUUUUUUAAAAAAAUAUAUAUUUAAUACUGAACUCUCUGGGCUCCAGUACUGAAGCCUGACACCUGCAGGAACUACAUGGUACCCUUUGACCUUUACUCUAGGGUCAUGUUGAAGUUGGUCUUCUAUUUGGGGAGGACAACGUGUCCAUGUACUUUUGGUCAUUGUGUGUCAGAAAUGGGCUUAAAUUUAAUUUCACUUUUCAUUAAAAAAAAAAAAAAAAAAGGAGGUCAGUUGUCCAAAAACUUUUGG